AUGGCGAGUCCGAGCGCGGAAGUACGGCGCCUUGAGCGCGCGUCGUCGUCGUCCGUGCUGAUGAGCCCUCCAUCAAGUCGCGGAAUCUCGCGCAAGCGCUCCCACAACGCCGCCAAGAAAAGCAGGACCGAUCCCAGCAGUGGCUCCACCUGCAGCGCCAGCAGCAAGAGCGCGUCGGACCGCUUCAUCCCGACGCGCAGCGCCAUGAAUUUGGAACUGGUACAAUGCAACUCGCCCGACACAGUGGCAGCCAUUGAGGCAGCCUCAAACAGAAACAAGAACAGUCCCAGUCAGUCAGGAGGAGGAUUCAACGCCGCUGAAGAUGAGGAGAAGCAGAUCUACAAGAAGCGACUGGCCAGCGCACUACUGGGCAAAGAAGACGACUCAAAACACAAAAUUUUGAAAUUCACAAAGGCCAAACCGGCAGUAGCCCCUCCGGACUCAUUUAAGUCCACGCUGCAAGCCAGAUUCUCUCACAACAAGGUGAGUGUGGUGCCCGCGGCUGCCGCGAAGAAGCUGAACCGCCACGUCCCCUCGGCGCCGAUCAAAUGUGUGUACCUCUGGAACGCUGCUUCGGGUGAAAUUAGUGAGCUCAUGGGUCUGGAUGGAGACGAGUAUGUGAGCUCGGUACAGUGGAGUGACGCAGCUGGUGGCUCGGCACAUUUGGCUAUUGGAACAAGUGAGUCUGUGGUUCAGCUGUGGGAUGUCGCUGCGUCACGUCAAGUGCGAACGAUGAACGGCCAUUCGUCGCGUGUAGGUGCGCUGGCUUGGAACAGCUACGUCUUGUCCUCGGGAUCUCGCGACAGUACGAUCAUCCACCACGACGUUCGUGCACGGCAGCAUCAGCUGUCGACACUGACGAGUCAUGAACAGGAAGUGUGCGGACUGCAGUGGUCUCCUGACGGCACAACGCUGGCGUCUGGAGGUAAUGACAACGCACUAUGUCUGUGGAAGGCUGGAAGUAUUGGGACGAGUCGCAGUAUGCAAGCGCCCACACACCGACUGGAGCAGCACACGGCGGCAGUGAAGGCGAUCGCGUGGUGCCCUUGGGAGCGUAACUUGCUCGCUACUGGUGGCGGUACUGCUGAUCGCACGAUCAAGUUUUGGAAUACGACGAACGGAGCCUUGCUGAACUCGGUGGAUACAGGCUCGCAGGUGUGCUCGCUGUUGUGGUCUGCCACAGAAAAGGAGCUACUAUCGUCGCACGGAUACUCGCAGAAUGAACUGUGUUUGUGGAAAUACCCGAGCAUGACCAAGGUGAAGGAGCUCACAGGCCACACUUCUCGUGUGCUGCACUUGGCAGCGUCGCCUGAUGGUGAGACGGUUGUUUCCGGCGCUGCCGAUGAAACACUGCGUUUUUGGAAGGUAUUCGGCCCCAACCGAAAGGCACGGAAGGCUGGCUCGGCCACCGCUGAGCUGACCAGUUCGUCGCUGUCGAGCGUCAUGAGCAUUCGAUAA